GUUAGCCAACAAGCUAACAAGAUGGUUUGAUGAGACAAAUGCUAGUGGUAAGGAGUUUGACUACCGCUUCACUGGCAAGGACUCUCGGCUAUUUCUCUUAAACUUCAUGCCCUUAAUUUCAGUUGUCGAAUCUACUGCUAAGCCUAGUAGGGAAAAAACCUUUCUGCAUAUUCUUGCCCACAUUUUCCUUUGUCUGAGAAAUGCUGUGUCUCUUUUCACUCGCCUUAGCAUCUCGGAUAGCGACAUAAGAAAUCUCGGUGAGCAUUGCAGUAAUUAUUUCUGGGCUAAUGCUCUUUUCUUUAGUGUUAACCCUACUGUUUGGACUAUUGGCUAUAUCGUUCCAGUUCACACCCAGCAUAUGAAAGGCAAAUAUGGCCUUGGUCUUGGCCUCAAUUCUAUGGAGUGCCGAGAGGCUAAGCAUGUGUCCAUUGCUAAAUAUAGCAGGAAUACUAAUUACCAGAACAG